AUGGCGAUGCUCCGAAUAAGAUACCCGUUUGCCGGAGCGUUUGCUUCCCUCUUCCUACUAUCCGCCUACAUAGGCCUUCUACCGCAAGCCAAAGCACCGAAAGAAGGAGAAGCUCCGGCUCCAUCGCCUCUACAAGUCAACGAUAAAGUGUUACACCUAAUCACCUUCUUCCUCCUCUCUAUCUCAUUUUACUGGAUUCUGGACACCACUCGCCGAAGAACGCUACAUCUGACGCUUAUUGUCUGUACGCUGGUCCUUGGAAUAGGUGCUGAGAUAGUACAGUCUCUCGUACCUAAUGGCCGCUCCUUUGACCCCUUUAACAUCCUGGCGAACGUUGUCGGAAGUCUCGGGGCUGUAGGGCUAUGUACCUGGUACCACAAGCGGAUGCUUGAACGGAGGAGAAAGGCAAGGUUCGGUGCUCUGGUAGGAAAUGCUGAGGAGGAUGUCGAACUUGGCUUGGCCAAUGGCACCGGAGAGCAAGAGACGGGCGUUACGAACGCGCAGUCUCUUGAAGACGAAGUUGAUAACUGGGAUGAGAAUGCCGAGGAUAACUGGGAUACUGCGGAUGAUAUUGAAGGUUCCGGAGUCGUUGCUGGUUCUGGUGAUGAUACCAGUGGAGAUCUCGGUGGAAAACCCUCGACUAACGGGGCAGGAAGUGCUGGAGAGAAUGGUCACAAGAAUUGA